AUGGGUCUGGUAGACUAUUCAGAAUCCUCAGGGUCAGAGAACGAGGCACCCGUCAAGCCAACCGUCUCGAAGCCCGCAUCCUCCGCCACUGGCAAGAAGCCUUUCCAAAAAGUCGUCGACAGGUCGAACCCAGGCAAGAUCGUCGUCAGUCUACCAUCAACGCAAUCCGAAGCCCCGACACCAUCCCUCUCGAACGACGAACCGCCAGCAAAACGCGCACGCACCGGAAACGGCGGCGGUCGAUUCAGCGGCUUCAACUCUUUCCUUCCGGCUCCCAAGAACGCCGCAAAAGCUGCUGCUUCGGCGCAAAGUAGCAGCGGCGGCAGCGGCAGCUCGUCGCGGCCAGCAUUCCAGCUCAAGACGGGGGCAGAGCCUGGAUUCAGCAGAGAGAGAGGGUCAGACACGGAUGGAUUGCCCGGUACCACUGGCGGCGGGAUCAGGCUGCCCGCGCCCAAAGCACAGGCUCAACCUUCGAUACCGGAGGGGAUGAAACCCGCAGACGAGGUCAAACUGGUGGGGAGGCCGAUGAUGUUCAAGCCUCUCUCCGUGGCCAGGAAGUCCAAGAAGAAGACGGUUGCCUCAAUGUCUCCAGCAGUGACGACACCGAAACCUGCGUCGGCAGUGACCCAACCGCUGGAGGCCAAGGACAAACCCGCAUCGGCGCCGGCGCCGGCGCCAGCACCAAAGAAGGUCUCCCUCUUCUCCAUAGAGACCGAGGAGACGCCAGCAGAAUUCGACACCGCAGCAGGAACCAGCGGCGGCGCAUACGAGCCGCUCUUUGAAACACAACAGCCGGCAGCGGCAGCGGACAACGGCUACGCAGAAUACGCGGCAGAAGCAAACUUCACGGCCCCGACGACGGCGCCCAACACGUCAGACUCCCUCGACACCAUCGCCAACGACCUGAACCUGUCGGCGGCCGCCAGGCGCGAGCUGUUCGGCCGACAAAAGGGCGGCAGCGCCGGCGGCGCGCCGCAGAUGGCGUCGAGGGUCAUCAACUUCAACACGGACCAGGAGUAUAGGCACAACGAGGAGAUCCGCGCCUCGGGACAGCAGCAGAUCCACAACCCCGUACGAGCCAUCGCGCCGGGCAAGCACAGCCUGCAACAACUCGUCAACCAGGUGCAGAACCAGCGCGAGGCCCUCGAGGACAGCUUUGCAAAGGGGAAGAGCAACAGGAAGGAGGCGUCGAGUCGGUACGGAUGGUAG